CCAACGUGGCACCUUUCCUUAUCCCCCCCAUGGUUGAGGUUUGAACAGGCAACCCUCUGAUCGACGAAUAUCUUACAAUUCACUUCGUCACCUCAACACCAUAAAACUGCUGCUUGGUCCGGACAACCAUGAUCCGCCUCUCCCAGCUGCCGUGGGGCCUUGCGGCAGCCAUUGUCACAGCGACAUGGCUUCCCUCACACCACGUUGCAGCUUCUCCCUCUGUAGACGUCGCACUCAAGGCCGCGUUUCCUUCGCCUCCGUAUCUGGUAGAGCUUCUCGAAACCGCAGCUUCCGAGAAUGCGACUGCCUAUUUCCCACUGCUGGACCGCAUUGCCAAGGGGGAUUUUGCCCAGGCCAAGUCUGACAAGGAGCUCUAUGAAAAGUUCCUCCAGGUUCUCCAGGAAGACGGGCAUGUGAACCCUGAGGCGCUGUCGACCUUCAAGUUGGCUCUUUCGCUACGAUCCGCUGCGCCCCGUGUCGAGGCUCAUUAUCAGUAUUAUACCACCGCUGUUGAGCCAUCUGUAGUGGCCGACCAGGACGGAUGUGAUCUGUGGUUUCUCUACAACGGGAAGCAAUACUGCAAGGCCAGCCUGGAAGCUUCAUAUGGCGAUGUCAACAGCAACUCCCAAGAGCGUACCUUACCUUUUGACAGACGAUUUGGCAGUGGCCCUCAGGAAAUCGUGCUCUAUGCCGAUAUCACCUCCCCUGCCUUUGGGAAAUAUCAUGAGGCCGCCAUGGAACUUGCUCAAAAAGGAGAGGCUUCGUAUCGGCUGCGUUACAAGAGAAGCCUUGGACAAUCAGAUGAUGCGCUCUCGGUCAACGGUUAUGGUGUUGAGCUUACGCUGAAGAGGACAGACUACAUCGUCAUCGAUGACAGGGAUACUGGUGGUGACAAGGCCCAAAAGACCAUCAGAUCUGAUUCUGAGCUUGUCCUGGACCACGAUGAAGAGGUCGCAGACAUCAAGCCCCUUGAAAAGUCCGAGCUUUCACCCCUUGCCGUCAAGGCAGCAUCCUUUAUUAUGCAGAGUGAUUCGCCGUUCGAUACCCUGCUUAAACUUACACAGGACUUCCCCAAGUACUCAACCAAGCUUGGGAAGCACAACGUGUCCAAGGAGUUUUUGGCCGAACAUGAGUACAACAGGCAACUGCUGGUGUCAACAGGUGCCAACGUUCUAUGGAUGAACGGUGUCCAGUUGGUAGACAGACAGGUCCAGCCCUUUGGGCUUGUAGACAUGCUUCGCCGGGAACGCAAACUCAUCAACGGUGCCCUGGACCUGGGGCUGACUGGCCAGCAAGCUCUUUCCCUUCUGGGUCAUGACGCGGUUGCUGCCGCAAAGGCCACCGAGGAAGAGCCUCGCAGAUUCGACUGGCGGGACGAGUCCGAGGGAGGUCAGGUCAUUAUCUGGCUGAACAACAUUGAAAAGGACAAACGUUACGCUGAGUAUGCUCCUUCGGUCUGGGCUUUGAUUCAGCACUUUGGACAAGGAUUACCUCAAGUUCGCAAAGACCUUUUCAACCUUGUUGUUCCUGUAGACUUCACCAAGGCGGAUGAUGUUACGCUAGUCACCAGACAGCUCCUUGCUUUCAUGAAGCGAGGCAUUCCCGUCCGGUUUGGCCUUGUCCCCCUGACUCCCACAGGCGAGGCCAUUGAACAGGCCAAGGUCCUGUACCAUCUUCUCAAGACUUAUGGUUUGGCUGCCAUGUCUACUUACCUGGAAAAGUCUCUUGAAGCUUCUAGUACUGAUAAGCCGAACGCGGACAUCUUCAACCUGGCCAUCAAGGACCGUGAGAUUCGCCCGGACCAUGAGGCGCUACCGCUCAAGGACAUCUUUGCCUCCGAGGAAUUGGAAAAGCAGAUCCACCGCGCGAAGCACUGGUGUGAACGCCUCAGGGCUGAUACCGAAAUCCCUCCUGCUUUCAUCAACGGCUUCGCCAUCCCCCGCGAAGAAGAUUGGCUUCGGAAUAUGAACCACAAGCUUAUGGUGGACCUCCAAAUGUUGCAACAGGCGGUCUAUUAUAGCAAGGUUAAUGAUCACACCGAUGUCCCUGGCUUCUUCCUGGAGAACGCCAUUGCUCGGCGCAAUACCUUCAUAUACCCCGAGAAUCCCAACGCCAUCAAGGUACUGGACGUCAAUAAGGUGUAUAGCGAACACCAACGUCUGUUCAGCAAGGUGCCUGUGGUUGAAGCAGAUGAAAGUGCCCCCAAGGAAGAUUGGGCAGUGCUUACAGUUGUCACGAACCUUGAUAGCGUUGAGGGCCAGAAGCUCCUUUACUUUGCCCUGCGUUUCCGCCAGGAACAUCGGGGAGUUCGCCUCGAUAUUAUCCAUAACCCCGCUGACCUGACCAACUCGCCUUCUAUUAUGAACCAGCGCGUCAAGGCCAGUGAGGGAAGUCUUUUGAAGGUUGCCAGCCUCGUCGAGCUUGAAACCAUUCUCGAGGAGGGCACGCCUGAGGCGGAUCAAGAGUUUGACGCUGACCUUACUAACUUCCUCUCCAGCUUCAACUUGAAGUCUGGAGAUAACGUACUCAUCCUCAAUGGCCGUAUAGUCGGUCCUAUCGCAUCGGCAAACGACUUCGUCAAGGAGGACUUUGCUGAGUUCCUUCGAACGGAACGUACAAACCGCAUCCUUCCGGUUUACAAGGCAAUUGAGGAUCUUGGACUGAGUGAUAAGGUCUCUGGACCCUUGGCUGCUGCCAAGCUGACCUCGGUCACUGCUCUCUCGGGCAUCUCAGAUACUCCCCACGGCAUCUUUGAUUCUGCCACACCCAUCAGGACAACGGCUUACAACAAGUGGAACACCACGUACACCUCCUUCGAGGUCGGUAAUCCCGAGACCGCCACUAUCUUCUUUGUCGCGGCCAUCAACCCUGCUAGCGAGAUGGGCCAGAAGUGGGCUCCCAUCCUCAAGGUUCUUUCGGAACUCGAGGGUGUUCAUCUGCAAGUAUUCCUAAACCCGCAGACCGAACUGUCAGAGCUCCCCGUCAAAAGGUUCUACCGUUACGUCCUAGAGUCUGCUCCCAGCUUCGAGGCAAGCGGCAAGGUGAAAGCCUUGUCGGCGACCUUCAACGGAGUACCGCCCGAGACACUCCUCGUCGCCGGCAUGGACGUCCCGCCUGCUUGGCUCGUCACCUCCAAGGUAUCCGUCGACGAUCUCGACAACCUUCGGCUCAAGGACAUCAAGGCCAAGAGAAACACAGAGCACGUAGAAGCCAUCUACGAGUUAAGAAACAUUCUGAUCGAAGGCCACUCCCGCGAAUUCCCAGCCGCCUCACCCCCGCGCGGCGUGCAGCUCGUUCUAGCAACCGAGAAAGACCCCCACUUCGCCGACACCAUCAUCAUGGCCAACCUCGGAUACUUCCAGUUCAAGGCCAACCCGGGCAUCUACAACAUCCACCUCAAGGAGGGCCGUAGCUCCGACAUCUUCACCCUCGACAGCGUCGGCGCCCAAGGCUGGUCCCCCGUCCCCGGCGACGAAACCACCGAGGUGGCCUUGCUCUCCUUCCAGGGCGCCACGCUCUACCCGCGCCUGAUUCGCAAGCCAGGCAUGGAGCGCGAAGACGUCCUCCAGGACUCCCCCAAGGAAGAAGAAUCCUUCGUCUCCAAGGGUCUCAAGUUCGCCGAGGGCCUUUUCGGUACCAAAAAGCAACCCACCGAGAAAUCCAUCUCCGAAAAAGAGCAACACGCCGAAAUCAACAUCUUCUCCGUCGCCUCCGGCCACCUCUACGAGCGCAUGCUCUCCAUCAUGAUCCUCUCCGUCAUGAAGCACACGACCCACACGGUCAAGUUCUGGUUCAUCGAGCAAUUCCUCUCUCCCUCGUUCAAAUCCUUCCUCCCCCUUUUGAGUGCCGAAUACGGGUUCCAGUACGAAAUGGUCGCCUACAAAUGGCCGCACUGGCUGCGCCACCAAUCGGAAAAACAGCGCGAGAUCUGGGGCUACAAAAUAUUAUUCCUCGACGUGUUAUUCCCCCUGUCCCUAGAAAAAGUCAUCUUCGUCGACGCCGACCAGAUCGUUCGCACAGACAUGUACGACCUCGUCACGCUCGACCUCGAGGGCGCCCCCUACGGAUUUACUCCGAUGUGCGACUCCCGCACCGAAAUGGAAGGUUUCCGGUUCUGGAAGACCGGGUACUGGGCUAAUUACUUGCGAGGACAACCGUACCACAUCUCAGCUUUGUACGUCGUCGAUCUGCGUCGCUUCCGCGAGCUGGCGGCUGGCGAUCGGCUGAGACAGCAAUACCAUACGCUGAGCGCGGACCCGAAUUCGCUGAGCAAUCUGGACCAGGAUCUGCCGAAUCAUAUGCAGUUCCAGAUCCCCAUCAAGAGCCUGCCGCAGGAGUGGCUGUGGUGCGAGACGUGGUGUAGUGAUGAGACGCUGCAAAAGGCCAAGACGAUUGAUUUGUGUAAUAAUCCGCUGACGAAGGAGCCCAAGUUGGAGAGGGCGAGGAGGCAGGUGCCUGAGUGGACGGUUUAUGAUGAGGAGGUUGCGGGGUUGGCUAAGAGGGUGAAGGAACAGAAGGAACAGGAGGAGAAGGUUGAGGAAGUGGUGGAGGAACAUGAGAAGACGGAGCAUGUGAUUGAUGAGUUGUAGAUAUGUAAGAGCGUGGGUGGAAUGGGUGAAUGGGUGUUUGGGGCCAUGAACGUAGUAGGAUGAGAGUCUAGUGAAUAAGAUAGAAUCUAUAUACACACCUACCUACCGCGUUCUUCCCGCACACCCAACAUGAGUUCAUGAACAUGGAAAAUUCCGCUAUGUUGUCGACAAACA